CAUCACACUUGUGCGUCUGUGUGAGGACGCGGCAGCAGCAGAGAGAGGACCAGAAGGUUUUAUGGUUGUUGUUGUUUUUUUUGUAGUUGAAAUUGUGAGGGGAAUUUUUGUCUGUAUUAAGUGAAAUAACAAAAGCAGUGGACAUGGCAGCUCGUCUGCAAAGUUCACACUGGAGGUGCCUCCUGUUUGUACUUGGCAUGUGUCUUGCCUCGGCUCAGCCUUUUAACCAAGCGCACCUCUACCAGUACAAAGCCGGACCUAACGAAGACAACAUCAUCAUCGCCAACAACGGGAUCAGGGUUCCAUUGGGGAAAGCUGUCUUUUUGGAUCCCGUGAAUGAUUUGGUGACAGAGGUUCAGCCCGGAGAUCGCUGCCACAUAACAGUUUUGGACAAUGACCCAUUGGCUCAGAGACCGGGGACGCUGACCCCCAAGAAGUUCCCGUGUUCCUUCGCGCCCGACGAAGUGAAAUACACCCAUCUUGGGUCACGGAGCCCCAGUACGGACCGGGUGAAGCUACAGCUGCGCUAUGACUCCCAGACCAACACGGUGGUGAUCCCUUUUAUGUUGGAGGUGGAGGUUAUUUUCCAGCAGCUGGAGGUCCUUACCAGGAAUAUGCCGAUUAACGUGGACAAGCUCAAUGGCGAAAGCGGGCCCAUCGACGAGAAGGCAUUGGAGUUUUCCUACGAGGAUGGUGUCACGCAGUGCAAGAUCGCCACGCUGGUCGGCGCCGGAGGCCUCCCUAGGUAUGGCACGCUUAUUAAUAACCCCAAGAAUGGGCAGAUGGUCGACUGCGAUGAAUUUGUGAAGCUGGGCAUCCGUUACAAGCACACAGCUAAGACCAAUUCACCAAACAGAGACUACAUUCCCAUGGUGGUCGAGUUGCAGGACAAUGAUGGUAACACGAUAAUGCAAGAGCAUUUCCAAAAGAUGGUUCGGAUCAGGGAGGGAGCAGAAAACACAGGGCCAAAACCCAGCUUUGUUUCCAUGAUGAUGAUGGAGGUAGAUCAGUUUGUGAUGACCGCCAUCACCGGUGACAUGCUGGCCGCUGAAGAUGUGGAGUCCGACCCGGACGAUUUGAUAUUUAACGUCACGUCACCACUGGGCCCCGAGCAUGGUUACAUCAUCAGCACAGAUGACCAGAACAUGCCCAUCACCUCCUUCUACCAGCGGGAUAUUAAAGAUCUCAAAAUAGCUUACAAACCACCUUCGGAUGACUCCGAAGUCGAGCGGAUCUUCCAGCUCGAGUUUGAAAUUGUUGAUACGGACGGUGCUGUGUCUGACACCUUUGCGUUUAUGAUUGUUGUGAAGCCCAUGAACACCAUGGCUCCUGUGGUCACCAAAAACACGGGGCAGCUCUUGUUUGAGGGGCAAUCAAGACCACUUUCCAGCUCACAGAAUUUAGAGAUCAGCGACGAAGAUAACCUCGAGGAUGUGAGGAUUACCGUAAUUGACGGCCUGAGGCACGGUGACCUGAGCGUGCUUGGGGGUCGCAGGAAAUUUUUCACGCCGGCUGAUUUGGAUGCCGGAAUUGUAGUGUAUCAGCACGACGGGAGUGACACCUACAGCGACAACAUCAUUUUCCGAAUGACGGAUGGGAAGAAUGAAGUUGAAUUUUUGUUUCCCAUCACGAUCGUGCCAACUGAUGACGAGCCGCCCAUCAUUAAUGCAAACACCGGGCUGGUGCUGUUCAAGAAUGAAGUCAUGCAGAUUUCUCCAUUCAUCCUGAGUGCCACGGAUAUCGACUCGGAAGACUCCACCAUUAAGUUCAUCCUGGAGCCUCCUUACUCUGAUGUGGGGGAGUUCCUGCUGCGGCAAGUGGAGCCCCCCUCCGACCCCUCCCAGUGGAAGUUCAGUCCGACGGAUGAGAUGUUUGAGCAGGUGGUGACUGAAUGGUUCCAGCAGGACAUCAUGGAUGGGAAGCUAUUCUACCGCCAUGUUGGAAGUCACAGCACCAUCACCGUCAUCGACCAGUACGUGUUCCGGGUCCAGGAUGAUAAUGACCCACCCAAUCUGUCCGGUGAGCAGUUGUUCACUGUCAAAAUCCACCCUGUCGAUGACUUGGCCCCAGAGCUCUGUCCUGGUACCAACCUUCACAUGAUGGUCAAGGAGUAUGAACUGACGUACUUCAAGAAGUUAUUUUUAUGCUACACCGACCUAGACUCUGAUGAUCGAGACUUAAAGUACACCAUCACAAAACCUCCGACUGACAUGGAUGAGAACAACCCGGUGUUCUUGGGUGAGAUUGUACUCACCGACAACCCAGAGGUUGUAAUCACAGAGUUCACGCAGGCCCAAGUCAACCACCACAAGGUGGCGUACAAACCCCCAGACCAGGAGCUUGGCAUCACUCCCAAAGUGGUUCAGUUUACAUUCAUGGUGGAGGACACGUCGGGAAACACAGCAGAUGGACUGUUCACCAUUUUUCUGCAGCCGGUUGACAACAAACCUCCGCUUAUUACCAACACAGGGUUCAGUGUCAUGGAAAGCGGCUCGUACGUCAUAACCAGUCACGAUUUACACGCGACAGACACUGACACAGAAGAUGAGAACAUCUUUUUCACGGUGAGCCAGGUUCCUAAAUAUGGUCGGCUGGAGUAUUUAGGCAUCGAUAUGUCAAACGGCGAAACGUUUAUGCUCCAAGACAUCGCGAACGGCCGCAUGACUUACAUCCACAGUGGCGAGGAAUCCAUCAAUGACGUCAUCAAAUUGGAUGUAAGCGACGGUUUCCAUGAGGUGCCCAUCAACAUCAAGAUCACCGUGGACCCAGUUGAUGACGAGAGCCCCACUAUCAUGCUUCCCACCGGCGUGGUGGCCGCGUCCAUCGACGUGCUGGAGAACGGCGCCACGGAAAUCACCAGCAACGUGAUUCAGGGCCGUGACGAAGACACGGACGACCUCAUGUUGAUGUUCAUUGUUGAGGAGCCACCCAGGCUGGGUGAAAUCCUCGUCAACGGUGCCCCCGCCGAGAGGUUCACACAAGCCGACAUCAUCAACGGAGCCGUGCUGUACGUGCACACCUCAGGGGAAAUCGGGCCGGUGAAACUACACGACUCCUUCAACCUCACGCUGUCCGACUUGUCCGACCAGUGGGUGGUCGGUGGCAAUAAGGUCCAAGGAGUGACGGUGCAUGUCACCAUCUUGCCUGUUGACAGCAUCCCACCGAUCAUUAGGGUUGGGGGGCAGUUUGUCGUGCUGGAGGGUGAGAAGAACGUAAUCACUCUGGACCAAAUCCAAGCAGAGGACAUCGACACAAACAGCGAAGACAUCCUCUGCACCAUCAUCGUCCAGCCUUCAUCCGGUUACGUGGAGAAUAUCUCCCCAGCUCCCGGCUCGGAGAAAUCCCGGGCGGGGACGGCCAUCACUGCUUUUAACAUCAAAGAAGUUGCCAUCGGGCAUAUCUACUAUGUCCAAAGCAUUCAUAAAGGUGUGGAACCUGUGGAGGAUCGCUUCACUUUCCGCUGCUCGGAUGGCGUCAACUUCUCCGAACGACACUUCUUUCCGAUCAUCAUCAUUCCAGCCAAUGACGAGAAGCCGGAAAUCUUCAUUCGUGAGUUCAUAGUGAUGGAAGGCAUGAGUUUGGUCAUUGACACGCCCAUCCUGAAUGCAGCCGACGCCGACAUCCCUGAUGACGACUUGUACUUUGAGAUUGUCAAAACCCCCACACACGGCACCAUAGUCCAACAGCUCAGCACCGGCACCAUCCUGGUUGACAGGUUCGACUUGGAACAGAUCAAGGAGGCCUCAAACAUAGUCUACGAGCAUGACGACUCCGAGACCAAAGAGGACAGCUUCGUCAUACGGCUCUCGGAUGGGAAACACUCGGUGGAGAAGAAAGUGCUCAUCAUGGUCAUUCCGGUCGACGAUGAGACACCCAGGAUGGCGAUUAAUGACGGACUUGAGGUUGAGAUCGGCGAGACUAAAGUCAUCAACAACCGGGUUCUCAAGGCUACCGAUCUGGACUCCGAAGACAGCACGCUGAUGUAUAUCGUGCGUUACGGUCCGGGCCAAGGCUACCUUCAGCGCAUCAGCAAGUUUGGCGACGUACUUGGUAACAUCACCUUUGGCAUGAACUUCACGCAGGAUGAUGUUGACAAGCAGCUCAUCCAGUACGUGCACACUGGCCAGGAAGGAAUCCGAGACCUCCUUAAAUUUGACGUGACGGACGGCAUCAACGCCCUUAUUGAUCGCUACUUCUACAUUACCAUCGGAAGCAUCGACAUGGUCUUCCCAGAAGUUAUCAACAAAGGCGUGACCCUCAAGGAAGGUGGCAAAGUUACGCUGACCACCGAUCUCCUCAGCACCAGCGAUAUCAACAGCCCCGACGAGUUUCUCAGUUUUAGCAUUACGAGAGCUCCGAGCAGAGGUCACUUGGAGUGCACGGACUAUCCCGGCGUUCCCAUUUCCGCGUUCACCCAAAUGCAGCUCGCCGGCAACAAGAUCUACUACAUCCAUACAUCUGACGACGAGAUCAAGAUGGACAGCUUUGAGUUUGAGGUGACAGAUGGCUACAACCCGGUAUUUAGAACUUUCCGGGUGUCCAUUACUGAUGUGGACAACAAGAAGCCUGUCUUGACCAUUAGCAAGCUAAUUGUGGAGGAAGGUGAAACCAAGCUCAUCACGCCGUUUGAGCUGACAGUGGAGGAUCGAGACACGCCAGACCACCUGCUGCGUUUCAUUGUAACUCAGGUGCCGGUGCACGGCCAGUUGCUUCUGAACAACUCCCGACCCAUCACAUCAUUCACCAAACAAGACCUGAACGAGAACCUAGUCAGCUACAAGCACGAUGGCACAGAGACCAACGAGGAUAGUUUUUCCUUCACAGUCACCGACGGCACCCACACGGACUUCUACGUGUACCCCAACACUAUUUACGAGACUCGCAAGCCGCAGAUGAUGGCCAUUCACAUCAACACGGUGGACAACGGCGUGCCGCAGAUCGUGGUUAACAAGGCGGCAGGCUCACUCAGGCUACUUCCUUCAGGCCACGUGGGCUUCCUGAUCACCAGUAAGGCUCUGCGAUCAGAGGACCGCGACAGUCAGCAAGAUGUCCUCAAGUACAUCGUGUCGGAGGCACCGCAGCACGGUUUCAUCAUGAACUCCGCCAAGGGCAAUGACAGCAUCGUGACCUUCACGCAAGCCGACAUCAACGAAAUGAAGAUCUGCUACGUCCUGUUGGAUGGAACCAACGCCACCAGCGACAUCUUCUACUUCACCAUUGAGGACAAUGGCGGGAACAAACUGAAGCCUCAGCCAUUUCGCCUCAACUGGGCCUGGAUCUCCCUGGAGAGGGAGUACUAUCUGGUGGACGAGGACGCCAAGUUCCUGGAGGUGACGCUCAAACGCCGAGGAUACUUGGGGGAGACGUCGUUUGUCAGUAUUGCCACCAAGGAUGGCACGGCCGAGAAGGACAAAGACUUCCGGGGCAAAUCCCAGAAGCAGGUCCAGUUCAACCCUGGCCAGACCACAGCAUCCUGGAAGGUGAAGAUCUUCACUGACCAGGAGUUCGAAACGUCAGAAACCUUCCAGAUCCAGCUCUCCGACCCGGUCAUGGCUGUGCUGGAGUUCCCAGACGUUGCCACCGUGGAGAUCGUGGACCCGGGAGAUGAGUCGACCGUGUUCAUCCCUCAAGCCGAGUACAAAAUCGAGGAGGACAUCGGAGAGCUGGUGGUGCCGGUCCGACGGUCCGGAGACGCCAGCCAGGAACUCAUGGUCGUCUGCUCCACUCACCAAGGUUCAGCUACGGGCACCAUCCCCACCUCCGUGCUGUCCUACUCGGACUACCUCACGCGUGCAGAGGACCACACGAGCGUGCUGCGUUUCGACAAGGACGAGCGCGAGAAGCCCUGUCGCAUCAUCAUCAUCGACGACUCGCUGUACGAGGACGAGGAGAGCUUCAACGUCAGCCUCAGCAUGCCCAUGGGGGGCCGGGUGGGUGCCUCCUUCCCCACCGCCAAGGUCACCAUCUUGGCAGAUAGCGACGACGAACCGUCUCUGUACUUUGGCGAGCCCGAGUACAUGGUGGAUGAGAGUUCCGGUUACGUGGAAGUGAAGGUGUGGAGGACGGGAACCGAUCUCUCCAAGACGGCAACCGUGACCGUUCGCUCCAGGAAGAGCGAACCCGUCUCGGCGGAAGCCGGAUUGGACUAUGUGGGCAUCAGUCGCAACCUGGACUUUGCCCCCGGAGUGACCAUGCAGACGUUCAGGGUGACCAUCCUGGACGACCUGGGUCAGCCUGAGCUGGAAGGACCGGAGACCUUCGAUCUGGUGUUAAGAAUGCCCAUGAAUGCCGUGCUGGGGGAACCCAGCGCGACCACCAUCACCAUCAACGAUACCAUCACGGACGUACCAAAGGUUCAGUUCAAGGAGGGUAGCUACAAGGUGGACGAGGCCGACGGGGAGGUCAAGGCGAUAGUGUACCGCAGUGGAGACGUCGGUAUCUGGUCCACGGUACGCUGCUACACUCGGCAGGGUACCGCCCAGGUGAUGAUGGACUACAGCGAGAGACCCAACACCAAUGACUCCAUUAUCACCUUCCUACCAGGUGAGACGGAGAAGCCUUGCGUGGUCAAACUGGAAGACGACUCGGUUCAUGAGGAGGACGAGGAGUUUCGCCUGGUCCUCGGAACGCCCAAGAGCAAGUCGCCGUAUGGAGCCUCGAUCGGCGAGCAGAAGGAAGCCCUGAUUAAAGUCACGGACAACAAAGACAAGCCCAUCAUUCGAUUCUCUGAGAUUAAGUACAGCGUGCGAGAGCCGCAGGUGAAAGGCGGCAUGACCCUUGUCAAGAUCCCCAUCUUGCGAACCGGCGACACUUCCAAAUUGUCCGUGGUGAGGGUGCACACCAAGGACGGGUCGGCAACCUCCGGGGAAGACUACAACCCUCUGUCGGAAGACGUGGAGUUCAAGGAGGGCGACACGGAGCAUUUCGUGGAGAUCGAGAUUCUUUACGACGGCCAGCGAGAGAUGAGGGAAGCCUUCACGGUGCACAUGAAGCCCGAUGACAACAUGGUGGCAGAGAUACAGAUGAACAAAGCCAUCGUGUACAUCGAGGAGAUGGACAGCGUGGCGGACGUCACUUUCCCGGCGGUGCCGCGUGUGGUUUCUCUGUUUAUGUACGACGAUACGUCCAAAACCAAAGACAACCCUAACCCCAUCAAUGGCUACCCAGUAGUGUGUGUGACGGCCUGCAACCCCAAGUAUGACGACUUUGACAAAACCGGAUCCAUUUGCUCAGCGGAGCGCAUCAACGAUACCCUGACCCAGUACCGCUGGCUGGUCAGCGCCCCGACCGGGUCCGACGGCGUGACCAGUCCCAUGAGGGAGGUGGACACCAACACCUUCUUUACCAACACCAAAUCCAUCACCUUGGAUUCCAUCUACUUCCAAGCCGGCUCCAGAAUCCAGUGCGCCGCCAGGGCCUUCAAUGCCAACGGGGACGCUGGUUUAGAACUUUCCAGUCCCAUCGUUGUGAUCAGCACAGACGAAGGGAUGUGUCAACCUCGGAUCCAGGGUACCGUUGGAGCUGAACCUUUCUCUGCCAAGAUCCGCUACACGGGCCCGGAUGACCCGGACUUCCCCAACCUCAUCAAGCUGACUAUCAGCAUGCCCCAUAUGGAUGGCAUGUUGCCGGUCAUCUCUACGAGACCGAUGUCCAAUUUCGAGCUCACGCUAAGCCCCGACGGCACCCGCGUGGGCAACCACCGCUGCUCCAACUUGCUGGAUUUCAACGAAAUCCCGACAGGCCACGGCUUCAUCACUGACGCAACCAAAAAUCCCGAGAUCAUCGGCGAGACGUCGCCGUACCAGUACAGCAACGCCAUGCGCUCAUCCAAUUCUCUACGCUUCUACCGGAACCUCAACUUGGAGGCCUGUCUCUGGGAAUUUACCAGUUACUACGACAUGUCAGAGUUGUUGAAUGAUUGUGGUGGCUCCAUAGGCACUGACGGACAGGUCCUCAACUUGGUCCAGUCCUACGUCACCCUACGCGUGCCCCUCUUUGUGUCCUACGUCUUCCACUCCCCCGUGGCCGUGGGUGGCUGGCAGCACUUUGACCUCCAGUCGGAGCUCAAGCUGACCUUCGUGUAUGACACGGCCAUUCUCUGGCAGGAGGGCAUCGGGAGUCCGCCUGAGUCGGAGCUUCAGGGAGCCAUGUACCCGACAAGCAUGCGCAUAAACGAAGAGGGCCGCCUGGUGGUCAACUUCAAGACAGAGGCUCGCUUCAGGGGACAAUUUGUUAUGACUCACCCAGGGACCGGCGUGUCUUCCAUGGUGAUAUGCGCCGACCACCCUGGCUUGACGUUCACCUUGGUUCUGGUCAGGACCGAGCCCACCCACAACCAGCCCAUGCAACAAUGGAGUUUUGUCUCCGACUUUGCCGUACGGGAUUACUCUGGGACGUAUACAGUGAAGAUGGUCCCCUGUAUUGCAUCCCCCAACGGAGAAUUCAGCAACCCUCCCGUGUGCCAUCCGAGGGAGCCACUGACUUUUGAUAUGGACAUUCGCUUCCAGCAGGUGAGCGACCCAGUAGCGGCCGAGUUCAGCCUCAACACGCAGAUGUUCCUCCUGUCCAAGAAGAACUUGUGGUUGUCUGACGGUUCGAUGGGCUUCGGGGAGGGCACCGAUGUUGCCUUUUCAGAAGGCUCGUCCAUCUACGGCCGCGUGAUGGUGGACCCGGUGCAGAACCUGGGUGACUCUUUCUCUUGCAGCAUUGAGAAAGUGUUCUUGUGCACCGGAGCUGAUGGCUACGUUCCCAAAUAUAACCCCACCAAUAAGGAAUACGGCUGCCUGGCCGAUUCCCCUUCUCUGCUCUACAGAUUCAAGAUCCUGGACAAGGCCCAGCCUGAGACUCAGGCGACAGCAUUUGGUGACGUUGCUUUCGAGGCCACGUUGGCUCAAGACACGGCUGGAGCUCUGCCUUUAGUCAAACAACCAGGAUCUGAUGGCUUCACCCUCUCCUCAAGUCCAUUGUUCCAGGUAGCUGCAGGCCGGGAGUGGUACAUUCACACCAUCUACACCGUGCGCUCCAGGGAGAACGCCAACCGUGGCAAACGUAGCGUGGACUCCCUCCACCACAGCAUGUCUUCCGCCCUGGGUGCCGCCCUCCGACGUCAGCGCCGCGCCAGCCCCGCGGUCACCCAGGACAUCGGCGCCGACAACAACCGUGGCACUAACCUCCAACACAUCGCCCUGGAUCGAGCUGACCGCGUGGUGGUCAGCCAGCGUCAACCCUGGUCCCCGAGCUUGGAGCGGGAGUAUGCUUUCGAGCGCCCCUCGGUGAGGAGCUCCAGCGGGGAGGCUCCGGACAGUUCCACCCUGCCCAUGAUCGUGGGCCUGGUGGGUCUGAUCCUCGUGGCGUGCUUGAUCGCCACCGUCGUGGUGUUCCUUUUAUGGCGCAAAAAGAAAGAAAAAAGCCAGUUCCCGCCCUACGCCAGCUCGUCAUCCGCCGCCUACAUCCGAGGGCCCACCAGGAUGUGGGGCGGCUCGGAUAGUUCCGAGGUCUAGAUUUACCCCCCCCCAUUGACUCUUGUAGUCUCCUCCACCAAUGUGCCUUCAUUUCCCAACUUCAUUUCAGUAACAGAAACACUUGAUGGGGGGACCCCCAUGAAGAUCCACUUUUCUGAGGCCCGGGUUUAGACCUCAAGGUUGGGUCGUGUUGACGCUGGUUUUAUUAAAAGUUAAGUAAGCUAGCAUCCCAAAACAUUAUUUGAAUCUCAUUUUAAAGCACACACGUGUUUAAAACUUUGCCUAGCAACCCAAGUUAAAAAUACUGGAGAUCCUCACCGACAUACAAAGAUCUUCAAAUCAGUGAAGAUGUAUCACUUCUGUUUACUUUUUUAUCAUCCAAGGCUUUGUUAUCAUCUAGCAGCUUCAUAGGGUAAGCACAAAAAUACGCAGACAGAUCCAAAUAGGCAAAUUAGUGAAAAGGAUGGUCACUGUACAUAAUGUUGAGCAUUUUUGGGUUAACAUUUGCUGAAGUUGUGUGUAGACCUGCGUGAAGGCCCAAUUACGGGGCAUAAGGUUCCCCACCCUUGGAUAUACUGUCGUGGAAUCGUGGGUGACCGCAGUUGACCCUUUUUAUCCGAUUAACUUAAAAAAAAAUGAAAAAAAAGGCCCCUCCCCUUUUAUCUAGUUUGCAAUUGCAUGACAGGCAAAAAGAAAAAAAACGCUAAGUGUACGUAAGCAGCUCAGGCAGCCAUUAUUUUAAUGACAUGACAAAUUUCCUACAUAACUGUUUUUUUUAUGUUUAUUAUUAUGGCAUUUGUGUUUCAUUGACUUGGAAUGAAUGUUAUUGGAAAAGGAAUGUUAAUGUGAUUGAUGAUUGUUUUGUCACCACACACACUCAGUCAACGUUUGUAGAUAUCAGUUUCUUUUUGCAAAAUGGAGAAAUUCAUAUUUUUGAAUAAAAUUGUUGGAAUUGUGGUUGAAGCCAGAAGCUAAACCAUCUCAAUGUG